AUGGCCUUCGGCGGUGUCGCUUUGCCCGGUUCGGGUAGCACCAACGGUGCCAACGGCAUCAAGGGCCAACCCUCCUCCGGUGCUCUGCCCAAGGGCAACGGUGCUGGCGACGAUGACAAGAAGGUCGCCAACGUCGGCAAGGACGCCGGUAUCGACCAGGGCAUCUCGGGCGUGCACGGUAUUGUGCCCACGUUGCAAAACAUUGUGGCCACGGUCAACCUCGAGGUUCGCUUGGAUCUCAAGACGAUCGCGCUGCAUGCACGAAACGCCGAGUACAAUCCGAAGCGAUUCGCCGCGGUCAUCAUGCGUAUCCGCGAGCCCAAGACCACGGCACUCAUCUUUGCCUCGGGCAAGAUGGUGGUCACGGGUGCCAAGUCGGAAGACGACAGCCGCCUUGCGAGCCGAAAGUACGCGCGCAUCAUCCAGAAGCUCGGGUUCGAGGCCAAGUUCAGCGAGUUCAAGAUCCAGAACAUCGUCGGCUCGUGCGACGUGCGCUUCCCCAUCCGUCUGGAGGGCCUGGCAUAUAGCCACGGUGUGUACUCGUCGUACGAGCCCGAGCUGUUCCCUGGUCUGAUCUACCGCAUGGUCAAGCCCAAGGUCGUGCUGCUCAUCUUUGUGUCGGGCAAAAUUGUGCUCACCGGUGCCAAGGUGCGAGAAGAGAUUUACCAGGCGUUCAAUCUCAUCUUACCUGUACUGGCCGAGUUCCGCAAGCCCUGA